AUGGCCGCAGCGGGGUCUCGUGUCAACGAGCUCGCCUCGCAGCUCUACGAUGCUUGCGCCGACCAGUUCGAUGCCGACCAUUCAUUUUACCAGCAAGACCUACUCAGUCUGGGCAUCAUUCCUGGUGAUGACCUUGCGCUCUUACUGCAAUGCACCCAAUCGCUGGUCAAUCAAAAAUUGUUCCGACUUCUCGAAACCCAGAACAAGCGCCUCGUCUGGCGCCUCGUCGCUCGUGAAGAUGCUGAAAAACUCCAAACCCUGAAAGGCGACGAGAGCCUGGUCUUCGGCGUCAUCCACUCCAGUGGUCGCUCGGGUGUCUGGAUUCGCAACAUCCAAUCCCGAACCAAUCUCCACAAAUCCAUCUUGGACCGCUGCUUGAAAACGCUUGAGGGCAAGAAUUACAUCAAAACCGUCCACAAUGUCAAACACCCGACAAAGAAGAUGUACAUGCUGGCGGGCCUGGCACCUAGCGAGGACGUCACAGGAGGAGCCUGGUUCACUGAUGGUGUGCUAGAUGCAAACUUCAUUAACAGUGUCGCCGGUUACAUCGAGUACACUGUGAGCCGUAAGAGUUGGUACGAAGUCCCCGCCGACCGUGGCCGUGGGGCGAAGCGAAUCAAGACAGAGACCGGCAAGACGGAGAUCAUGACUGAGCCAGCUGAAAAAUCAUUCCUCCCGUACCCUGCAAGUUACGCCGGAUACCCGACUGUCGAGGCAAUCACUCGUGCAGUCAACGAGAGUGGAAUCACACCCGUGCAGCUUGGUUCAGAGAGUGUCGUCCAACUGUUGCAGAUGCUUUGCUUUGACCGAAAACUGGUUUCGCUGAAUAACGGAAGCCAGUACAAGUCCCUCAAAAACCCCGAGAUCGUCAAGGGUAACCAGACUCGAAAGCCCGUAAUUGAGGGUGAAGAGCCUCAGUCUAGUGUUAACCUUGGCAAGAACGGCAUGACUGAAUCGCCCUGUGGUCCGUGCCCAAGCUUCCGGCUUUGCACUCCUGGUGGAGCUAUCAGUCCCGAGACCUGUGAAUACUUCGACCCUUGGUUCGAGAAGGUGCUUGGGUUCUAA